UUGGGAAAUAUCGCGAGAACUUGUAUGAAACGUCAGAAGACCUUUUGCUUUUAGCAUAAGUUUGUCUCUCAGCUGCGACAAGAGUCCAACAUGAACAGAACUUUGAGUAAAAGUACUCUGAGGAAUCUGACUGGCCUAAUCCAGAGAUUUCAAAGCACCUUGGUCAUCGCAGAGCACAACAAUGAAAAGCUGACGCCCAUUACUCUCAAUGCCAUCUCAGCUGCCAAUAAACUGGGUGGAGAUGUGUCUUGUCUGGUUGUUGGAACAAACUGUGCAAAGGUUGCGGAGGAGAUAAGCAAAGUACAAGGUGUGAAGAAGGUUCUGGUGGCCCAGCAUGACGCUUACAAAGGUGCCCUGGCAGAGGAAUUGACUCCACUUAUCUUGGGCACACAAAAGCAGUUCAACUUCACUCACAUCUGUGCUGGCGCAUCUGCUUUUGGAAAGAACCUGCUUCCCAGAGUUGCUGCCAAGCUGGAUGUUGCACCAGUUUCAGAUAUUAUUGAGAUCAAAUCUCCAGAUACUUUUGUCAGGACCAUCUAUGCAGGAAAUGCCCUCUGCACUGUCAAAUGCAACGAGGCAGUCAAAAUCUUCACUGUCAGAGGGACGUCUUUUGAAGCAGCUGCAACAGAAGGAGGAAGUGCUGCAUCAGAAAAUGUGGCUCCUGCUGCUGUCGCUGGAGUUUCUGAGUGGCUCGAACAGAGUCUGACAAAGAGCGACCGUCCAGAGCUGACAAGUGCAAAGGUCGUGGUUUCAGGAGGAAGGGGUUUGAAGAGUGGAGACAACUUCAAGCUGCUCUAUGAUCUUGCUGACAAACUGAAUGCUGCAGUUGGUGCGUCCAGAGCUGCAGUGGAUGCCGGCUAUGUCCCUAAUGACAUGCAGGUUGGACAGACGGGGAAGAUUGUCGCACCGGAGUUGUACAUCGCAGUUGGCAUCUCUGGAGCUAUUCAACACUUGGCUGGAAUGAAAGAUAGCAAGACCAUUGUUGCAAUAAACAAGGACCCUGAGGCUCCCAUUUUCCAGGUGGCUGACUACGGUUUGGUAGCUGAUCUGUUUAAAGCCGUUCCUGAGAUGACAGCAGCGCUGAGCAAGUAGGAAACAAACUUCCACCAACCCAUCAUCUCAUCGCUGGGAUGUGCAAAAAGAACAAGAGCAACCGCGGGAAACACAGUCACUGCCUUAAGUUUCUGAAGCUGUGUGUUGGUGUGCAAAACUCAUGCCAUCAAUGUCUCCUCUCCAGCUGGCAUUUAGAAACAAAUGCAAGUUUUUACAUAUGAAAUGCCUCAUCAUUAAACUACUUACCUUUGGCAGGAGGUUUCUCUUUGUUUUUACUGUCAGUAGUGCACAUCAUUUCUACACUAAAUACAUCUUUUUGGGUGCAAAAUCAAUGUAGUUCUUGUUGCUAACUCGAAGUAUAUGUACCCAAUAGGCUUUUGGAAAGCAGUGUAUUAAGUGGAUUACUUAAUUCUUUUUUUUAAAUUUGCCUUUGUUUUUAUUGUUAAUUCAAGUUGAUUUGAAGUGUUUCAUUUCAAUGAACCGAGUGCCAGUAGACACCACAAUAAACUGGGUUAGUUUGGAAAUCCUAAAUGCUCAUGCAGUAUUUUAAUUUGCAACAUUUGAUUCACUGUCCAGUAUGCCUCCUAUUUUCGGUCAUGAUAUGAUAACCAAACUAUCUUAAGUAUUUACAUAGAAAAGAGAAAAUAUAUAAUCAGGAAAAAAAAUCAUGUUAUACCUGAAUGUCAUGUUCAGGAGUUUUUCUUUUUUUUAAUUCUCAAAAACCUCUGAAUCAAUUCUGCUUGUUUAACCUGUAGCUGUUGCAUCUUUUCCUCCAACAAUAAAAAGGAUAUCACAUUCUUCCCA